AUGUCUCUCUUUGGCGUCAUUGUACCGGGGCGGCCGUGCUUGGCGCCUACCCAAGUCACCGGUCAAGCAGCUCUCGGAUCAGUCCAGUCUGGCCAGUGGGUUUGCGACCUGGUAAAUCCAGGUGAAAUUUCCGACCUUGUCUGUUUCCUGACUUCCCCUCUGCCCAGCAACAAUGAAGGGGCUGGCAUCUACUACAGCAUCCCGCCGUUCGCAGACUGGGAGUUCAUGGGGGUCAUCACGAACAAUCAACCAAGCAUUCUACUCUCUCCGGGUUGGUCGCUCUUGCCUCAAGUGAACCAACAGCCGGUUGUAAAGCUCGGCGUAUCGGUCGAAAGCGCUGGCGUCCUUCAAGAAAAGCUUUUGACUAAACCGCCGCCAGACGUCAAGAAGGAAUACGCGCGCCGAGUCGCCUUAAACUUGUAUAGAUACAUCGAGUCUUUUCAAGGCGGUGCGUCGAUGCCUCUGCUGGAUCAGUGGUUUCAACGGUUUGAAGCUCGAUACCAACGAGACCCAAAUUUUGUCAUGAAGAGUGAAUGA